CGCCGCCGUCUGUAAUGUCAGCGGAACAGGAGAAGGAUCCCAUCGCGCUGAAGAGAUCCCGAGGUGGUGACAGUGGAUUGGAUGGGUUAGGAGGACCAGGAGUACAACUUGGAAGCCCAGAUAAGAAAAAGCGCAAGUCAAAUACACAGGGAUCUUCCUUUCCUCCUCCAUCUGAAUAUGCUCCACCGCCGAAUCCAAGCUCAGACCACCUUGUAGCGGCUAAUCCAUUUGAUGAUAACUAUAAUACUGUCUCCUAUAAACCCCUACCUUCAGGAAGUCCUUAUUUUAACCAUCCUGGUUACCCUGGUUUUGGAGGUUACAACACUUUCAGAAUGCCACCUCACAUGCUGCCCAGAAUGUCCUCACCAUAUGGUGGUUCUUACACCCUCAGAAACCAGCCACACCCACUUCCUCAGAACCCUGUUGGAAUGGCUUUUAAUCGACCUCAUGCUUUCAACUUUGGUCCACAUGAUAACACAGGUUUUGGAAAUCAUCCAUCUUAUAACAGUGGUCAAAAUGUCAAUAUGCCCAGUCAGCACUUCAGACCAAAUCCUGGUGAGAACUUUGGUCACAUUCCUCCACAAAAUACUAGUCAAAUACCACACCCUGACAUGACAUCUAACUUUGGACCUGCAAGCAAUCCACAUUUUAAUUCCCAGUUAGAUUCAAACCAUUCUUUUGUUCCACCACCCAACACCUACAAUCAGACAAAACCAUCAGCACAAAAGCAAGACUUCAGUCAAGGUGCAAGCAAAACUUCCAACCAGAACACCGCUACACAUCAGCAUCACCACAGAACAGAUGACAUCGUGAACCAAGGUAGUGCUGACUUAAAAAAUGUUAAUCGAAACAGUGUAGUAAAUCAAGAGAGCAACCAUUCUCAUAAUGCAGAUAACACUAACAGUAGUCAUGCUAAUGGGACUCAGAGCAAGUCCCGUCAGCCUAGAGUUACAGCUGAAGGAUGCAACUCUGAAAAGAGCAGCAAAACAUCUCUCCACCUCAGUCGUCAUGGUCAUUCAUCCUCUGAGCCAGUCUAUCCAUGUGGAAUUUGUACACAUGAAGUUAAUGAUGACCAGGAUGCCAUCUUGUGUGAAGCUUCUUGUCAAAAAUGGUUUCAUCGGAUCUGUACGGGCAUGACUGAGUCUGCUUAUGGCCUCCUCACUGCAGAAGCAUCAGCAGUAUGGGGCUGUGAUACUUGCAUGGCUGAAAAGGAUGUCCAGUUGAUGCGUACUAGGGAGACUGCAGGGCCACCUGCAUUGAAUACUGAUGGAUGAUGACAU